AUGGGUAAGGUAAGUGUAACCCUGAGCAUGGCGAUCCUUGUCCUUCUCAUAGCUAAAGCCAAUUCCCAAAGUGCUUCCAAUGUGAGAGCAACCUAUAUUCUUGUGGUACCAUGCAAUCCUGAAGAUAAUGGAUGGGACUUGAAUGCUGUAAGUGCUUACUGCUCAGCAUGGGAUGCAAGCAAGCCUCUCGAGUGGCGCCAGAAAUAUGGAUGGACGGCCUUCUGUGGACCGGUCGGACCUCAUGGACUAGCUGCUUGUGGCAAGUGCUUAAAUGUGACCAAUAUUGGAACAGGAGCUAAUGUGACGGUGAGAAUUGUUGAUCAGUGCAGCAAUGGAGGAUUGGACUUAGACGUGGGAGUUUUCCGGCGAAUAGACACAGAUGGAAAAGGCUAUUCUCGAGGCAGCCUUACCGUGAACUACCAGCUUGUGGACUGUGGUAAUUGA